AGGGCUUCAGCAUCAUGGGGCUCACACUGUCUACCAGUCUGGUGUCACAAAGGAGCCAAGAUGUUGAGCCUGGCACGCAGCAUUAGAAGGUCCUUCACCACUGACAAUGCUAAAGUCCUGUCUUUAGCAUUAAUAAUCCUCCUCCUGGCCUGUCACUCAGCGUCCCGUUAUUACAGUGACUCUGACUCCUGUCAGUGGCUGUUGUCCACUGGACGCUUCCUGGAGAACAGUGUGUGGCAGCCUGAUGGCUGCAUGAUGCAUAAUUACAGCAGAUGUUUGGGGCAGCAGCCCGGCCAACAAGAACAGCAGGAGGUUGUAGAAUCUGAUGAAGGCCAGCUCUGUGACUGGGAGAGCACUGGACUCACUCAGUACAGUGGUGGAGGUGUGCAUCCCAAACAGACUGGUCAUAAUGGACACCUGCUCCCACCCCCUCCACAGUGUCCUGGCUGCACAGAGGAACAGCAGAGGCAGGGAGGCCAGCACCUGCCUCGGUGGAAAGAAGGUCAUUUUUAUUGGGGACUCACGGAUUUUCAUCUGUUUUUGUCUUUCGUCAAUAUAAUAGCAUCUAAACAUUACAGCGCCCCCUGGAGGCAUGUAGAUCUUUUUUUUACAGACAAAAGCUCUUCAGUUCAAGUGCAUUUUCUGUGGCACCCGCGGACAAAUGACGACAUGAAGAAGCGUCUUAUUUCACUGUUUAAUGCCACAGUAAAGCCUGAUGCCCUGAUCAUUGGAGCUGCUUCGUGGAUCAUCAGAGACUUCCGUGCAAGUGCAAAAGCGCUGCACCAGUACAAAGAAAACCUGACAUCUAUGUCUGCGUCUCUGGAGGGCCUGGCUGAGCAUGGAGAGGUCUACUGGCACAUUCAAGAAUUCAAUAUCAAGCGGCACUACCAGACGAAACAUGCUAACUACGACAAGCUAACUGGGUGCGAACGCCGUGAAAAAUUAAAGCAACUUGAGGCUGUGUUAGCAGCACAACAGCGUUUCUUUACAAGAGCCCAUGAGUCGAAUGAAAACGCGACAAAGACGAGCUAUGAGGUGGCAACGCUGAUCGCGAAGCACUGCAAACCUUUUACUGAGGGUGAAUUUGUGAAAGACUGCAUGAUGAAAAUCGUGCAGAACAUUUGUCCUGAAAAGAAGCAAGAGUUUACCAAUGUUUGCCUGGCUCGUAGCACUGUGGUACGGCGAAUUGAAGACAUUUCAUCGGAUAUUAAGAGACAAUUUGAGGCAAAAGUAGUGGAGUUUGACUUUUUUUCGCUAGCCUGCGACGAAAGCACGGACGCAUCUGAUACUGCCCAGUUACUGAUUUUUUUGAGAGGAGUGGACAGUGAAAUGAAUGUGAGGGAAGAGCUACCUGAUCUUUGCAGCCUAAAGAGCCAAACAAGGGGAACAGAUUUAUUUGUUUCACUUUGUUCUGCCGUAGAUGACAUGAAACUAUCGUGGAAUAAAGUAACUGGGAUUAUUACGGACGGUGCACCUGCCAUGGCUGGCGAGCGAAGUGGAUUAGCAACCCUCGUCUGUAACAAAGUCAGCGAAGAAGGAGGAAAAGCUAUAAAACUCCACUGCAUUAUUCACCAACAGGUUCUCUGUGCCAAACAUCUCAAAUAUGAUCACGUUAUGAAACCAGUGGUAAAAACUAUUAAUUACAUUCGCUCCAAAGCCCUGUGCCACCGCCAGUUUCAGCAGUUUAUGAUUGACAUCCAGGCCGAAUACGGAGAUGUUUUGUAUCACAGCGACGUAAGAUGGCUCAGUCGGGGGUCUGCGCUGCAGCGCUUCUACUCUCUUAAGGAGGAAAUCGGACAAUUCUUGACAGAAAAGGGACAACCAAUGGCAGAAUUAUCCGAUCCCGUUUUGCAGGCUGAUUUUGGAUUUUUAGUUGAUAUAAUACGACACUUGAACACGCUUAACACAAAUCUUCAAGGGCAAAAUGCAAUGGGGGCCAUGGUGUGGAUGAACAGUCUGUGUAAUAAAGUGAUCCGGCCCAUUGAUGGUUCCUGCUGCCAGAACACGCCCCCGCUCACUUUUCUCCAGAAGAUGUUGCUGUGUGUGUUUGUAGUUGCGACCCUAGUUUUCUUGCUGUUGAACUUUCUGAGGAAAUUGCCCCAUCGGCGACCCAUGGUCCCUGACCUGGAGAGUUUAGAGGAGAAGAAGCCAGGGGCCGAGGCAGUGUGUGGGGCCCUGUGCAGAAUGGGACUCAUCAUGGUCUACUUCUACCUGUGUGACAGAGCAGAUGUGUUUAUGAAGGAACAGAAAUCCUACAGUCACUCUGCCUUCUUCGUCCCUUUGAUCAUUGUCUUUGUGCUGGGAUUGUUCUGCAGUGAGAGCACCAAAGAGAGCCGUGUGCUGAACAGGGAGCAGACAGAUGAGUGGAAGGGCUGGAUGCAGUUGGUCAUUCUCAUCUAUCAUAUUUCAGGAGCCAGUGCUUUCAUUCCAGUCUACAUGCAUGUGCGUGUGCUGGUGGCAGCCUAUCUCUUCCAAACAGGUUAUGGACACUUCUCCUUCUUCUGGCUCAAAGGGGACUUUGGCCUGUACAGAGUGUGCCAGGUGCUAUUCCGCCUCAACUUCCUGGUGCUGGUGUUGUGUGCGGUGAUGGACAGGCCAUACCAGUUCUAUUACUUCGUUCCUCUGGUGACGUUCUGGUUUAUGAUCAUCUACAUUGUUCUGGCCAUGUGGCCUCAGAUUGUGCAGAAGAAAGUCAGCAUCAGUGCCCUGUGGUACUUGGGAAUCCUGCUCAAGUUAGUGGGCCUCGUGCUGCUCAUUUGCCUCUUUGCCUAUUCACAGGGCGUGUUUGAGAUCACUUUCACAUCGUGGCCACUUUCGAAGUUGUUUGAACUCAAUGGCAACAUCCAGGAGUGGUGGUUCCGCUGGAGACUGGAUCGGUUUGCCGUGGUACAUGGGAUGGUGUUUGCUUUCCUCUAUCUGCUCCUUCAGAAGAAACAGGUGCUGUCGGAGACCAGAGGAGAAGCUCUGUUCUCAGCCAAAGUCUCCCUGCCCCUGCUGCUCCUGUCUGGACUCUGUUUCAUUACAUACUCAGUCUGGGCCAGCAACUGCCAAACCAAAGAGCAGUGCAACGAGAUUCACCCCUACAUCUCUGUGCUCCCGAUUCUGGCCUUCAUUCUCAUCAGGAACAUUCCUGGCUUUGCUCGCUCUGUCUACAGCUCCUUUUUUGCCUGGUUUGGGAAAAUCUCUUUGGAGCUGUUCAUCUGUCAGUACCACAUCUUUCUGGCAGCAGACACCAAGGGCAUCUUAGUGCUCAUCCCGAGAAACCCGUCCCUCAACAUCCUGGUCAGUAGCUUCAUCUUUGUGUGUGUGGCUCAUGAGAUCUCCCUCAUCACCAAACUCCUGGCCCAACUGUGUUCGAAAAAGCGGUCAGACGACUUUGGACUUCUGCGUCCACCAGUGACAGAGCGAGGAGGAAACGGUGACGAGCGUGAACCAGAGCGAGGAGGAAAUGGAGACGCAAACAAGGACCAGAGCGAGGAGCAAACGGAGACGCAGGCGAGGACCGGAGCGAGGAGGAAACGGAGACAAGCAAGGACCAGACUGAGGACCAGAGCGAGAAGGUAA